CAAUGGGCGCAAGGUGGUGGCGGGCGGGCCCCAAGGCCUGGAGCUUUAGGAGGUGAGCGGGCUGUGGGCCCGCCUGACGCUGCUGCAUCGCGGGAGGCGCAUGGCGGGCAUGGCGUUGGCGCGAGCAUGGAAGCAGAUGUCCUGGUUCUACUACCAGUACCUGCUGGUCACUGCGCUCUACAUGCUGGAGCCCUGGGAGCGAACCGUGUUCAAUUCGAUGCUGGUUUCUGUGGUGGGGAUGGCACUGUACACCGGCUACGUCUUCAUGCCCCAGCACAUCAUGGCAAUACUGCAUUACUUUGAAAUUGUACAGUGACGGAGAUGUGACCAGGAUCCAGAGGCUCCUGGGGAAGAUCCACCUUGUGAAGUUGGGACGAGACCUCGUCACAUGUGAGAUGCUCUACGGAUGUCAACAUAACCAACCUUAUAAAUACAGAGACUAAACUUCAUGAGUAGAACAGGAGAAAUCAUCCUGACUCAUGUGUUGUGUUCCUUCCUUUUGAUUUUAAAAGAGGCUCUUAAAUAGUAGCUUUUAUCUAUUUUAACAUUGUAGUCAUUUGUACUUUGAUAUCAGUAUUUUCUUAACCUUUGUGACUGUUUCAAUAUUACCCAGUGAGAGCUUUUCUUAAUGUAACUUUGAGUACAUCUUAACUGCCUUCUAUUUUUAAAACCUAAGGUCGUUAGUUGGGCUUUACUGUUCUUGCUAUCGUAUGGCAUACACAUCUGCCUGGAUAUAUUUCUACUCGAUCAAAGUUUUGUAAGAAACAAUACAGAAUUUGGGGAUGGGAGGGAGGAUAUUUUGAGAAGUACUUACAAAAGAUUUAUCUGUAAGCUUGACCUCAGGAGUACGGUUUUAGCUCCCUAGACUCUUUAACAGCUUUUGCUCUAAAACUAUUAAAGUGUUUCUUAGUGAUGAAAAAGUAAAGAUCUUGCUAACAUUAAUACAAGGAGCAUUUCACCUUUUAGAUAUUAAAUUCUUAUGUGGACUUA